UCAGAGAUAAUGUCCAAACGCACUUCUUCGUGCUGACGCCGACAACACUACUCAUCUAAAACGUUCCUGGAUCGUAGAUAAGUCAAGACAGAAAUGCACGGAGCAAACUGCACGACCUGCAAAAAGACGUCUGAUUGCUUCUAGAAUGUAAUAAGUAAGCGGUCGAAGCUUCGAGACCUCCGGUAUGCCUCCCGCACGUUGGAUACAUGUAUUUCUCCUGCGGUAACUAACAACGUGUGCUACCAGUUGCAGCCACUGCGCCGGCAAGGUUGAUGCAUGCACCUUCAUCCAAGAUGGCAGGAUGGACAAAUGCUUUCUCAUCAUCGACAAUGGCAUCGGCGUUCUUGGUCCCAAGGAUUACCAUAUUUUGCAUAGUGAUGACGUCAUUUCCAUUGAAAGGAACAGCAGAUGUGGUGGAGGAAGUGCGUAUAGGUGCUGUGUUUGAAGAAAAGAACUCGGAAGAAGAGAACGCGCUGCGGUUGGCUGUGGAAAAGAUCAACUCCGACAAGAGUAUACUCCCCACAGUCCGUGUGAAAUACGAUCUUCUCUAUUUGACAAGUCAGGAUACCUUUGCUGCAACAAAGCAAGGAUGUAAUCUAUUGGCAGGUGAUCCAGUCGCUGUUAUCAGUGUGACGUCAUGCGUCAACGCUCUUUCUUUACAGUCCGUCUGCGCAGCCUUCCACGUUCCUCACAUCCAUGUCCCGGAUGAACGUUGUGACGUCAUUUCCGCCCAAAAGUUUGCCCUCAGCACGUCCCCCCACGGGAGAGAAAUAGACUCUGCACUAUCAGACUUGAUCGCGCAACUGAAGUGGAGGAAAGUCGUCUUCUUUUACGAUGAUCAAGGAGAUUUCAACCGAAUACAGAAUAUCCUGGACAGAGGACAACGAGGGUCUCUUGACGUUUUGAUUCUGAAUUUUCAAAGGGUACAAGUCUCAAGCGGGUCCUUCAUAGAUCACGUGAGAGAUAACGACAUCAGUUUGAAGAACGUGGUGCUGCUGUGCCGACCGAAUGUUAUAGUGGAUCUAGUCAAAGAGGCCACAAAGAUGGGCGUCAUCAGCCACUCAGAUCACUGGAUAGUUGUGAAUGAGCUCAGAUCAGCAUACGUGUACGACGCUGUGAGUGUUAUCGCGAGAUCUCUCGAUAGUAUCGUGAACGGCGAGAGUUGGGACGCUCCUUCAGGGCUGACCUGUGACCUCGGCUCCCCAGUCCCGUGGCAUGGCGGGACGGCGUUCUUGAAAAGUUUGCACCAGAUCGACAAAGGGAACAUCCUGAGUGACAGCUCCACAAACGAGUCAGUGACACGUGCCGACGCCACCUUCCAGAUCCUCCAGGUCAAGUACACUACUAACGGUACCACUAUGGAACAGAUCGGCACCUGGGAUCCUGUGAACCACCUAGAGAUGUUUCAGGUGCCGUACCCGAAAGAUGUCGGCUUGCAGAACGUUCGUUUGCGGGUGGUGACUACAGAGGAUAUUCCCUUCGUGUUUAAGUCUGGGGAAGAAGACAACCCAAAGUUCAUCGGUUUUUCGAUAGACCUGCUGGACGAACUUUCCAAACUGCUCGGCUUCUCCUACGACAUCUAUGAGGUUGCCGACCGGAAGUACGGGGCCCCAAAGCCUGAUGGGAGUUGGAAUGGCAUGAUUGGUGACGUAGUCAAUAUGAAAGCACACCUUGCCAUCUCGGCCAUGACCAUUACCACCCAGAGGGAGACAGUUGUGGACUUCCCCAAACGCUACAUGGACCAGUCCUUCGGCAUUCUUACCAAGAAACCAGAAAUCAAGACAAACAACGUUCUCGGCUUCCUAGGACCGUUCAGCGUGUACGUGUGGGGCUGUAUCGUGGGGGCGCUAUUCACUGUGGGGACGGUGCUGUUCGUGUUAGACCGCAUCACACCGCAUCUACUGUACAGCGAGGGUGGCAACGAAACGCCAGGAGUCAAACUUAAAGACAGCUUCUGGUUUAUCUACAGUUCGUUAGUACAGCAAGGUUGGGACUGGAGCCCACAGUCCUUUUCCUGCCGGUUACUGAGCGGCUUCUGGUGGCUGUUUUGUCUCAUCAUCAUAUCUACCUACACCGCAAACCUGGCAGCCUUCCUCACGGUCACCCGGAUGGAGACACCGAUCAAGUCUAUAGACCAACUGGCAUCGCAAACGGUUUUACCAUACGGAACGGUCAGUGACACCAGCCUAACGACAACGUUACAGUCGUCUGACAUCGACGUCUACCAGAAGAUGUGGCGGUUCAUGAACGGCAGCGACCCGCCCACGUUUGUGGAGACGGCCGAUGAAGGUUUUGAACGUGUUCGGGAAGGAAACUACGCGUUCCUGUGGGACGUCGCCAUUAUUGAACACGUGGCGCUGAACGACCCCACCUGCAGUCUCAUGACGUCAGAGAGCCACUUCUACGAAAGGGGUUAUGGGAUAGCUCUCCAGCAAGGGUCACCUUACAGAGAGGACUUCUCUUUUGGCAUUCUACAGCUUCAGGAGAACGGUGUUCUUGAAAGGCUGAAGGAUAAAUGGUGGCCGAAGCUGGGCAAGUGUUCCCUGUCCACCUCUCACACCAAGACUGUGGCCACGGAACUCGGCUUGGACAGUUUCGCCGGCGUCUUCUAUGUGCUAAUGCUCGGGACUCUACUAUCCGUGUCCGUCUGUUUCGUGGAAAUCUUGAUCUAUAUGCGAAAAGGGGGAGACUACGAUUGGAAUAUGCUCACCUGUAGAAAAAGAAGAAAGCCCCCAAGAGACGAGACAGCCGACACCCUUGUGGAGGUACAUCGGCGUGAAAACGGGAACGUGCAGGUCACCACUACCGUGGAGUUCCCUCCCAAAGCCAGCACCGUCCCCUCUAGCAUCAUCCACAGAGACUCCAGAAAUAACCUAAACGGCCCGGAAAACUUCAAGUGCACAACGUUGUAGCUUUUUGGAAGGAAAUAUUGCUGUAUCCGCGUAUAAUUUUAUCCGGUUGGAAAAAUACUUUAAAAACAGAGUUCUUUUUUCAAAACCAAUAUAUAAGUACCAUCACAGCUGACGCUAUCCUUGCUUGUACAUAUGGCAAUUGUGUGCGUUUGGGAACGCAUACAUGACAAUAUUAUACGUUUGGAACCGCAUUGUUUGCAGCGACACCUAGCUGCAGUUCGGAAUGAAACCAGUUUAGGGUAUUUCGCUGCCUCCGGAAGGGAACAGACGGUCACCCAAGCAUAUGCCUGUGAUUGUACAUAUAUUUUGGCUGGAAAUAAAAGAGCCUGAUAUCUAAGAUGACACCGUUGAAAUUACGUAACUUCAACGUCACACCAUUUUCUUGGGUCCAGUACUUAGUCUGUUGGGGCUGGCCAGUGCACUUCAAACUAAUUGUAACAAUCGGUACCAAACUUAAUGCUUACCGAUUAUACUGUAGUUAUUUAAAAGGCGGUAGCUAUCAAAAGUGCAAUAGCUUCUGCGUUCUUUUUUGUUUAAAGGCUCCGAC